AUGUCUUUUGAAAUACUGAAAGUAGAGAAUUUUCUAUUGCUUUUUUGUAUUCCCUACUGCUUCUCGUUAUCUACAUCAGACGUAAAAAUCACUGAUGAUGGUGGUUACACGGGAGUUGUAAUUGCAAUUAACUCAAAAAUAGAAGAAAGCGAUAAUCUAAUCGAAGCCAUCAAGACGACAUGGACAGAAGCGUCUCGAGAUUUAUACGUGGCAACGAAAAAUUUGGCGUACUUUAAAGAAAUCACAAUUCUAUUACCAAGAACCUGGAAUAAGAUUGACAGAGAUCCUGUAUUGGGUAAAGAAAAUUACGACCAGGCGGAUGUCAUCAUAGCCCCAGAAAACCCGAGCUAUGGAGACUCCCCAUACACAUUGCAAUAUGGUGGAUGCGGAGAGCCUGGAAUUUACACUCAUUUCACCCCUGAAUAUUUGCAAAAUGAGGAAAUUAUCGAUGAUUAUGGAAAAAAAGGGAAGGUAGUUGUGCACGAAUGGGCGCAUUAUAGGUGGGGAGUGUUUGAUGAAACCUCGAGCAAUUCUCCGUUUUAUUGGGAUCCGAAUAAAGAUGGAAGUAAUGGACCCGAAGCGACCAGAUGUCCAUUGUCAAUGAACGGGGAAGUUCGAGACCUAAAUUCAAUAAAUGUUGAAAGGAAAUGCACCCUCGCGGAUAUAGACCCUGUAACAAACACAUAUCCGGACAAUUGCCUGUUUUUUCCAUACGAAGAUCAGUUUUACCAUCCCAACUCUUCAAUGAUGUGUUAUCAGUAUAUGAAAGAGGUAACAACGUUUUGUGAAGAUGGUUCAAAUGCCAAUCCUAAUAAUUUGCACAAUCCGUAUGCGCCGAAUGACCAGAACCGCUUAUGCAACAUGAAAAGUACGUGGACUGUAAUCAUGGAAUCUGAAGACUUCAUGGAUGUUAAUAAUAAGCCUUCUAUUCAUGUUGCUGACACUAGACCAAUAUUCAAAAUAGUCAGACCUCAAGAACAGAGAUUUGUAUUGGUGUUAGAUUCUUCGAGAAGUAUGGAAGGGUACAAACAGGAUGAGAUGAGAACUGCAGCGUAUAAUUUUAUCACUGUGGCAGUUCCGCGCGGUAGCUACGUUGGGAUCGUAGAAUUUGGAACGGAUGCAACCACACUGAGCGAAUUGAAAGUUAUGAAUUCGUCGGAAGCUCGGGAAACUAUGACGUCAUUGCUCCCGACAACGACAGGCGGUCAAACUUGCAUCGGAUGUGGAAUUAGGAAAGGCAUAGAAGUUCUUGAAAAAUUGAGCAAUCCAGCAGGUGGGCACAUUAUUGUUAUCACGGAUGGUUGGGGUUUUGCAGUUGACGAAGUAUAUGAUGACGUCUUGACUAAGGGCAUCGUGGUCAGUGCCAUAUACAUAAAAAUUUACGCACGACAAAUUUUAUCCACGUUAAGUAUUGAGAGUGGCGGAUCUUGGUAUUACACAGAAAACGAAGAAGACAUGCAACAAGCAUUAAAAGAAGUUGCAUCCUUCGGCGACAAGGAAAGCAACUCCCAUCAGAUUCAAAGUAAAUCGUUCUACCUACCUCAAGGACGAGAUUUCACAUCUGAAGUAUUCAUUGACCAUAGCAUCGGACUUGACACUAGUUUUGUAUUCACUUGGUCCAAAAAUUCUCUGUCUCCACCCAUAGUACAUAUAAACAGCCCUUCGGGUUGCGUUUACACGAAUGCUAAUAUUUCUGAUGAAAGUAUUUGCAACAGUGGGUCAGAAUACAUCUUAUCUCCUGAAUUUCUUUCUAUCAAAUUCAGCAUACUGGGAAAUGCAGAGGCCGGAAAAUGGGCUUACUCUGUCAAGCCGUCAACAAAUGAGCCACAAGAUAUGACGUCAUCUGUGACCUCAUCGUCGUCUGGUGAAAGCGUCGAUCCCAUUGUGGUCUCUUCUGGCAUUAGUAAUACAGAUGUAACAGGUGGUUCUUCUACUGUCGUCUACGCCAAAGUGACUCAAGGAUACAAACCGAUUCUCGGCGCUAUUGUCGAAGCAACUGUCAGCAGGCCAUCUGGAGGGCCGGUUGUUAUGAACUUAUAUGAUAAUGGCGCGGGAGCCGAUAUUAAUUCUAAUGAUGGAAUUUAUUCGAAAUAUUUUACUGAAUAUUCCGGUAGAGGAAAUUACGCUGUCAAGGUUGAAGUAAGAUAUCACAACCAAUCAUCAGUUGCGAGAAGCAAAAGUACAUCAAGAGCAAAUUAUAAACCUGGAGUCAUUUCUGUCGAUGGUUCGGUAUCAGUAAACCCACAUGGAGUAACGGGACCUGAAGGCAACUCGGAAGGAGGCGGAGAAAGCCAGGCUGAAGACGUCGGUGACUUUACCAGAGUAGUUUCGACCGGUGGAUUUAGCUAUACUGGCCCCAGUACGGCUGAAGACACAAUUCCACCAGGGAAAAUUGUUGAUUUAAAGAUACAGCAAAAAAAUUUGAGUGAUCCAUUUGCAGGGGUGAUAUUAACGUUUACAGCUCCAGGCAAUGACUAUGAUGCGGGAACAGCAUCGCGCUACGAUAUCAGUUACACCUAUGAUGAUCCCUCUUUGCUGGUGAGCAAUUUCUACGAUAAUGUCAUGGUUACCGAAUCGCAUAUCAUUGAAGGCGAUUUGAACGCACCGUCUAAUGCUGGCUCUUCUGAAACGAUGAUAAUCCAAACUCCGAUUGCAAGUAACAGCCAGACCACAUUAAGACUCGCGAUUGCUGUAAAGGCUGUGGACAGUUCUGGGAACGUUGCAGAAACAUCUAAUGUUCCAGUGAUUAACUUUUUUGUUGCGCCACCCGGAUCUCCAACUGUACUUCCCCCAGGCGAAUCAGAGGCAGUCACAACUACCAAGUCGUGCUAUUGUCCAGUGUGCGAUCCAAACACCAAUACCUACAUAUUACUGACGGUGAUUUUAACUGCAACCACAGCGGCGUCAGUGACCGCCGCAAUAGUACUUGGAAUACUGUUAUGUCACGCCAACAAGCGAAUGAAAAAGAAGGGACGAUCUCACAUGGAAGGAAUCACGAAUUCUCCUUACGCGACCGACGGAGAAUCUGCAACAGUCACAAGCUUCACAACGCGGACCGAGUGAAUCAGAGUUUUCCAUUUAUGUUCAGUGUAGCUUCAAGGUUAUUUUUUGUUCCUUGGUAUAUUCCCACAAUAUUUGACGACGCACAAUAAAAUAUAUUUGUGCGAUACACAGCUGUGUAAUAGGGCAGUUGUGAACUUGUCAUAGUCCAGAUA